GUCCAAAGGUCCGGCUGGGAUACAAAAUAUAUAUUUAAAAUCUUUGUUAUUUGAGGGUGACAACUUGUGACUGACAAGUCUAAUUUCACAAAAAUUUGACUUGGUUUAUUUGCUUCCCUAAUUAUCAGUAAUAGUAAAUAAUGAAUACAAUUAUAAGCAUUCGGCGAGGAAUAGCGAACGGAACAGUUCGCAUGUCCAGUUCGACACCAUCCAAGACUCCCCAAACUGCACCACCAACCCAUCCAAAAAACCCAGCAAUUAUGGAACAACCUAAAAUGUCACCGACAGCCCUGGAUAGAAUAUUCCUAACAUGGUCUGGUCAAUUUAAAAGCAAAGCUGACAUCCCUUCCAUUAUAGCUGGAGACGUAGUCCAUAAAGCCAGAAAUUAUGCAAGGAUUCGUAUAAAUCUCGGAUUUCUUUUGAUUGCGGCUGUGGGGAGUGGAAUUUUCAUUUAUUUGGGGCGUAAGGAUGUCAAAGAAGGACGAUCUAUCGAAAAACAAAACUUGGAAUGGCAUCGGCAGGUUAAUGAAGAGCACAAACGUAGCAGUGGAUAACUUUGCAUGAGUCAUAUAAAGUCUGUAAAGUUGGUUGAUAGAAAGUAUGUUAAACAUAGUUUAAAAUAAUAAUGCCAUUAGACUAUGCGGAAUGUUUAACAUUUCAGUGAUAGGGCAAUCUCACUUAAAGAGGUGUCUGGGGAAGCUCAUCAUCAAUAUAAAAAAUAUGUAGUAGUUUUAUAGCUGGCUGCGACUGAUGUCAAACCUAAAUAAUAAUGUUAUUUGUGAAACACGUAUAUAUUGAACGAAUACAAAUUGUUUAUUAUAGAAAUCAACAAUCUGAACAAUCACAACAAGUAAUCAUAUUAUAAAAUAAGAUAAUUAAAGCAUAAUAUUUUGAAAAUGUGAAAUUU